UCUGCAUAGAAAAAGUAAAAUCAUAUAGGUGUUUCUCCUGCCAUUCGGGUAUUUCAGAUAAAAUUUGACAAAAUGUCUGCAAUUAGCAGCCGCAAUCAGAAAAUGGAACAACAGCGCCAGCUGAUGGAGGCCUACAUCCGGCAAAAAAGAGCCUCGCCGGGCAUGGUCCAGGCCAGCGAUCUCCAGAUCAACCGACCGAUGUCCGGGAUGCGGAGUAACAGCCGGGAACUUCACGCCUACGACGGCCCCAUGCAGUUCAUCAGUUCGCCACAAAAUCCAGAUCAAAUACUGAGCAACGGCAGCCCCGGAGGCAUCCCUCCUGCUGCCAUCAACACAAGUCGCAAUCACUCCAACAACAUGCGCAGUCUGAGCACCAUCAACCAGGAGGCCGAUCUCAUCGAGGAGAUAUCCUCGCACGAGCUGGAGGACGAGGAGAGCAGCCCAGUGACUGUCAUCGAGCAGCAGCAUUCCGCCGUGCACAGCGCCAACUCCACGCAAUCCCAGCGGCCGCGACCUCGCCAGCACUCCUUCAGCGACACCCUGGACGAGGACGACUACACCAACCGCAACGUGGCGGCAGCCGCUCCAGUGCGUCCAGCCGGCAUGCCCUCGUCGCCCUACAAAGAGGCGACACUGGACGGGAGCAGCAACGGAACUGGAAAUGGGACAGGAGGAGAGUCCGAAGGCGAUGUGAUUGGCAACAUCGAUCAGUUUGUGAUGCAACCGGCUCCCCAGGGCGUGCUCUACAAAUGCAGAAUCACUCGCGACCGGAAAGGCAUGGACAGGGGCCUGUUCCCCAUUUAUUAUCUGCAUCUCGAGCGGGACUACGGAAAGAAAAUCUUUUUACUAGGAGGACGCAAACGAAAGAAGAGCAAGACAUCCAACUACAUAGUCAGCUGCGAUCCUACGGAUCUAUCUCGGAAUGCGGAUGGCUUCUGCGGCAAACUCCGCUCCAAUGUAUUCGGCACAUCCUUCACGGUCUUCGACAAUGGGAACAAGGAGAGCACGGAGAGUCCUCGUCUCGACUUGGCUGUUAUUAUUUACGACACCAACAUUCUGGGAUUCAAGGGACCCCGCAACAUGACUGUGAUACUGCCGGGCAUGACUGAGGAUGAUCAGCGUGUCAAGAUCAGUUCUGCGGAUCCCAAACAGCAGGGCAUACUGGACCUCUGGAAAAUGAAGAAUAUGGACAACAUCGUGGAGCUGCACAACAAGACGCCCGUGUGGAACGACGAGACCCAGUCCUACGUGCUCAACUUUCAUGGACGCGUCACCCAGGCGUCGGUGAAAAACUUUCAGCUGGUCCACGACUCGGAUCCCGAGUACAUAGUGAUGCAAUUCGGAAGGACUUCGGAGGACGUGUUCACUAUGGACUAUCGCUAUCCCCUGUGCGCGAUGCAAGCCUUCGCCAUAGCCCUGAGCAGCUUCGACGGCAAGAUAGCCUGUGAGUGAGCCUGGUCUCCCGCUGUGGAUUACCGGCUCGUCCUGCUGCCUUAUGUACAGCCUCCUGGAAGGUGGAGCUCGCCUCCCAGGCCAGAGAUUAUUUGGAUAUAUGUGUAUGUAGUCGCGGAAAUCUAGUCACUCGCCGAACUCCGCUGCCAACUGGCGGCGGGUAUCGGAACGACAUCGUUGUUGUUACUGUAGGUACUUGUAUGGUAGCUCUAAUUGUAUGACAUUUAUUCAAAAUGUGCUCACCGAUUUUGUAAUUAUUUACCUAGGACUUACGUAGGUCGAACAACUUUGUAAAUCUUAAUGUGCCCUAGCCGUAAGUUGGAUUGUAAGAGAAAGGAAUAUCAAAUCUACAGAUCGAAUAUUAUGUAAACUAUAUCAAAUGGAAUUACUAUUAGUCGGUAAGAGAGCAUUACUAACUUGUGUUGAGCUCUCAACUAAAAUAGGCAGCUAAUCAUUAUUUUUCAUCUUAUGAUUAAAUACAUUUAUUUAUGUAUUUACGUCUCAAUAUCACGCAAAUGCAAAUCAAAU